GUUGGCAAUAUUGCUCUUAAUAACAAAACUGAGUUCACAGGUAUGAGCUUUGUCCUUGUUCUGCCUGAAAGAAAAUUGAAGAAGAAAACUCGGAUGAAUAGUGUUUAAAUACGGUGCGACAAAAUCGCCACCAAAUGUACUUCAGCUGGUUACAAGUAUUUUUUUUAAUUGCUAGCUAACAUGCUAGCGUCCAAGUUGCUGAUACAUUACAGUAAAAUAGAGUCGCUAGCUUGACCUAAUGGAAACUUGUGAGUGAAAGUGAACAUGAGGAGGUUACCUGAGACUACAUGUGUGCGUGCUGUUAGGGACUGCGUCAUCGUCACCUAGACGACUGAGGUGUAGCUGACCAUGAAGAGGAAGAAUUCGGGCCUCACAAGGCCCGGCCAUUGUUCAGAGAUCAGGGUCAGCCAGCGAUGAUCUUUUGCAGUUUGCGAAGAUGGACACCUUUAGCAGUAAGUUACAGCAGAAGGCUCUGCAGCAACCUAAGCAGAAGAAAUCCAAGUCGGCUGAAUUUCUGAUGGGAAGAGAGGAGAGAGCCGAUUUGGUGGGCAUAGAAAACCCAGCCUUCGAUGGAGGAGGAAGCACUGAGCUUUCUGUUCCUCCGGUUUGGCUGGGGAGAGAAAUUCGAGGUGACAGGCCAGAUAGCACCCUUGCAGCUCACCAAAAAAAAAUGGAGCUGCAAGCCCCUGCCAAAGAAAGAGGAAAUAAACGUGCCCAAAAUUACUUUGACCCGUCGUCGGCAGAGCAGACAGACCCAAGGCAUUGCAGGAUGGCUGGGGUCAGCGCUGAAGAUGAGCUGGAAUUAACAAUAUUGGAUGCUGAUGAAAACAGGCUGUAUCAAAGAAUGGCUGCAUUGCUGGAUGAGGACGAUGCCUUCAUAAAUAUACCUGGUACGCUGCUAGCCUCCAGGGAUGAGGAGGUGUUGGAGGUGAAGGCGGGUGAUCCUGUGCUUCAGCGGCGACUGCUGCUCCACGGUGGUGGUGAUGCCUCGGGCUCCAGGCCCUCCCAGGCCCAUACCAUUGCCAAAACCCAGGCUGGGGCUAGUGCCGGCCUAGGAGGAGAGGCUGGACUCGAAGCAGGGAGGAUGGUAAUGGACAGAGAGAGCACUGUAAAAACGAGGACAGCUGAGGAGGUGAUCCCCCACUACGCUCAGCAGCUGAGGGAGCGUGUGCGGCCUGACAUGAUCACGCUUGGCAGCCUUUCACUGCAGCAGCAAGCGGCUCAGAAGGGACAACUGAAGAGGAGUGAGUGGGCCAAGAGAAAGGAGAGACUAAUGGCCUUCUUUGCUGGGAAUGUUAAGGAGCCUCAUUCACAAAGAGACUGUGACGAGGCAGUGAGAGGAGCUCCACAGCCCAGGCUAAACACGCUGCUUCACUGCAGCAGAACCACUGAAAGCCCGUCACUCAGAGCGCUGGGGGAAGGCCAAGAGGAAGCCAUGGCCAAAUACGGCCAACUGACAGAGCUCCCAGAAUCUUCCUCUUCAGCAUCACGGCCCCUGUGGCAGGUGAAUCCGAGUACAACCCCCCAGCCUGUGGAGCUGUGUGUGUGUUGCCUAAGAGCCACUAGAGACAAACUACCCAGAGGCCUCUACACUGUCAGUGUGGCCCUUCACAGCCGUCUUGGGGGUCCAGCUUUGGCCUGGCGCAGUCAGAAGGAGCAGCAACAAUGGACGGUGUCCACAGAGCCGGUCUUGCAUCGAGGCCGCUUCUACGACACUGACCUGCACAUUAACCAGAGCCUGUUCAUGAUCUUACCUGCGGCCUGUGAUGUUGUCCCCUCCAUGGUCCUGGUAUUUCAACUGAUUGCACUACCGGGAGACAGCAGCCACAUCAGCUCUGUGCUGGCAUGGGGGGCAUUUCCUGUGUGUGGAUCGAACCUCGGCCUUGUCCAGGGCAGGUAUAGAACCCCUCUGCUCAGAGGGGAGCCGAACACACAACUGGACCAGUUUAAAAAGAUUGAAGCCGUCAUCUCCUCUGAUCUAGACCACUGGCUGUGCAACCUGUACUUUCAGGUAAAGAGGCUCCCAUCUGGAACAUCUGGGGAGCCAGAGCGCUGCAUCACCCUAUCAAUACCCCCACCGAACCCCUCUGCCAUGCCCCAACCUGAGGUCCACCUUGACCAACCACAAAACCAACUGCCAAUCCAGCCCCAGCCCCCAUCACAGGCCCAGCUCCGUCCGCAUCUCCAGUCCCAGUCAUACCCCCAACAGCAGCCGCACGCGGGCCCCAGCAGCAGAGCAGGAGAGCCCGCUGUGGUACAUUCUCACCGGGGGUCUCCUCUCAACCUGUCAGCUGAUUCUGCUUGCUCUUCCUCAUCUCUGCCAGGGAAGAAUUCCUCCUCAGGAGCCAUUUCUGGAAACACGGGAGAGAAGAGUGAUCCGUGCCGGGAGAAAGCAGAGGGUGGGAUUCACUACAAGAAGAAGCCAAUCAAGAAGACAAAUAGCUGCGGCCCCAGCAUGAGCGGCAGCAGCGCACCGCCUCGGCAGGCAGACAAACAGAAGAUGCAGCCUUCAAUGGAGAACCUCUCCACGGAGGAGAUGGAGGAGUAUACAUUCUCCCUACAAUCAGCACUGACUGGAUCUGGCUCCCGCCCAUCACGCCUGUCCGAUCGAGCCCGCCUGGCCCUCCGCAUGCUGCCGUCCGAGCUGGGCCUGCCGUUGCCGAGGCAACAACAGCCGCAUAGUAGCUGGCGUGGCUCCGUUCGGCAGCUCGGCCUCAUUAUGCUGCUGCUGGCUUUGAUGUGGUUUGUGAGGCUCUACCUGCAUUACUGCAGCCAGUGGCUCUACCUCCAGGCCAUAGCAGUUCCUGUCAACAAAUUCCAGUUCCACGCACACACGGUGGACCUCGUAUACCAGAGUUCUUUGCUCCACACCCGGGAGGAGCUGGCGAUGGUGGUGGUGGGUCCCCUGACCUUGAACGCAGUAAUGUUCCUGCUGGUUCUGAUCAGAUGGGGCUGUCAACAGAUAUUUGGCUCACUCCCUUCCUUCACGUCAAAGUUUAUCAUGGCUCAGGGAGUGUGGACAGUCCUCGACCCCCUGGCAGUCUUUGCAGUGGACGCCGUCCUCGGGCGUCUCGCCUACAGCCCAGACACACCUGUGGGUGACGCAGCCAAGCUUUACUGGCACUUCUAUCGAGCCGACCAAUCAGGUGCAGCGGGAGUCAUCAUCACUCUCUUCCUCUAUGCGGUCCUUUUCCUGCUCUCCAUCACCAUCCUCUCCAUUAACAUACUCAGAUUCCACAACGACGGUCGCAUGCUGGACGUCUUUCAGCGUCUCACAGCCCGGGAGGGGACCUACUUCCUGCCUCAAGACCUGGAGCUGUCCAAUCAGGAACUGAGCUACGUUGUCAAGAAGGCGGAGCAGUGGAGAGGCUUCAACGGGGAGAGGCGCAAGGUGGUGGUCUAUGACUAUAUCUGGACAGUGGAGGACCCCUUGGCAGGGUCUGCAGCCCCAGGUGACCCCCCAAGGGAUGGUGCAUCCCUACCAGAGGGCGAGACCAGCACCCAUGUGGCAAUUUACACCCUUUACCUGAGUGGACUGAAACAAAGAUACCGACACUUCCUCCGACAGCCGGAUGGGGCCAUCAUUGAGGUGAUUGGUGACAUGGAAGGGGUGGACAAUGCGACCAGGAUGGUGCCCUGCCCGGGUCGGGGCUCUGCCAAUCAGGGAGACCACAAGGAUGCUGUGAGCGAUCUGCAUCAGCUACGGAAACGGAAGAGACUAUUUGGGCGGUCUCAUCGUGUUGAGCCAGUAGGAGGAAGUGGGUGUGGCUCCAGUUUUGCCCUGCAAGACCUCAACCAAUGAUAGCAAAGCAAAGAGGGAGAUAGUUGGAGCCGAAACUAAUGUAAGUCACCUUAUCAACUGUCUGUUUGACUUGAAGUCACGACAGUAUUCAGCAGAAGUUUUUUAUGUUCCUUAAAUACUUGAAUAAUUUUGGGCUGAUGUGGAGUUAGUUCAGUUAUAAAAGGUGGAAGUUUUCUCAAUACUAAUAGUUCAGCCACAUUAAAAAUGUGUGUUGAGCUAAAACCAUGAUGUAAAAUAUCCCAUUAAUCAUUUUGAGUAACUUUUUGUCAGUGGGAAAAAAAUGCUUGUGUGUACUGUAUACUUGUAGUACAUCCUGGGUACUGUACCUUUAAAAAUAUGACAGAAAAACUGUAGGGUGUGCUGACUGCAUUCUACUGUGGGUCAUACAUUCACUAUGGAUCAGCACUGCAUAAAACCAUACUUAAAAUCAUCUAAACUAUCCCUCUAAUAUUGUCAAAAAAGUAAAUGACAGAAGUUUGACUCAUCAGCAACCAACAGCAUUGUAGAUUAUAUUGGUGUUACAUCCCUUUGCAGGUAAACAUAUUAGAAUAUGUGAACUACUAUGUAUUUGUCACCCAAUAAACAAUGUUAAGCAACACUUCUAAUGAAUGCAAGUUGUUAGGUGUUCAGCACUGCUUCAACACAAUGAAAAAUGAAGAUUCUGAAAGUCACUAAUCAGAACACGAGUGAUAAAAUAUCAAUAUUGGCCUCACAUUAAGCAGGAUAAUAUUCAGGCCAGCUUGAUUUGUAUUGAAUAUGUGUCUGCUAGCCGGUGCUCAGUGUAAUGAAGUGGCUCACAAAUCAGGCCAUAAUGGCUGCCUACUUACACAUAUUGCUUAAUUAAAGGUUGUGAGCUUAUUAGCAUGUGUCUCUGGCACAGGGCGCGGGGAGAUGGGAAUCGGGACUGAUGUCGUUGAGGGCCAGGCUUUAAAGGUUUUAUAGAUAGCUAACCUAUCAUACUAAAGCCAUAGCCCCCCUAAAAUCGGAUCUUAAUAACCUGUCAUUUUCAUUGAUGAUGAUUUUCCUUUAUGGGCAGCCAUUACAGAUCAAGUUCUGGGUCUUGUUGGAUGGCGAUAGCGGCCAUUCAGGCUCGUCAUUAUCAGGAACACACCUUACUUUGGCCUUGAAGUUGCUCCUCACCUCCAUGUUUAAACCAUCAGAGUCAUGGCCCGGGGGGCGUGGUGCACAGUGCAUAUGGACACACACACAUUCUCUCUCACACACACCUAACACCUCUGUUUCUGAUCCUUGGAGAUCUGAUAGAGACAUGGGCCUAAAAGAUGUUUAAAAUUUUACAUGACAUUUUUAGAUUCAUCAGUCGAUCUAUUGAUAUUGGCCUAUCAUAGACAUUUAUGUUUUCCGAUAUGCACCUAUCGGAAAACUUUUAUAAUGCAAAAUGGUGAUUUAAGACAGGUGUUAGCUCUUUUUAUUUAUAUUUAAUUUAAUUUGCUUGAUCAGCAAUUGACUCAUACAGAACAUAGUACUGAUAUUUAUGAAACUAUUUAUUUUAUUUUCAUUUAUUCUGUAUCCUAAUGGUCAGCAACUGACUUGUGUUUAUUGCGCUGUUUAUUUUAUUUUAUUUAUUAUUUUUUUCCCUCAGUUUUAAUUUCUAUACAAUAUAUUGACAAUAUGUUGUUAUUCAUGUAAUGUCAAAUAUUCUUUAAUAAAUGUAUGUGUAUAAGAGUACCUUUGGUGUAAAAUUGCUGCAUAAUGCAUUAAAAUAAAAAAUGUCAUCCCAGCUGAAAGAAAAAUCACUAUUUUCCUCACAAUGCUGGUAAUUGGGAAAUUUUUCCCCUCUAAAAUGAUCAGUCUCAAAAAUCCCGUAUAAUUGAGGCACUAUUAGAAAACAAGGAAAUGCACGAAAGUACAAUCCUACAAGGAUUGUAUUGAUUGUUUAUCUUCACUGUGUGAAAAUGACAUUUUGUUUAAUUUGGUGUAUUUUCAGCACUGGCAGGAUGUGUUAGACUGGCGUGUUGCAUCCUGUCCUUCUGUCUGCCUUUGACACUAGCCAGAACCUAUAGAGCUAAUGCGCUCCAAUUAGAGAUCACUCCAUUAACAGUGACAGUGCUACACCCCCCAAUUCAAUCAGCCCCCUAAUGAACAUUAAGCAGAGACGCUGCUUCUCAGAGAUGACAGGAAGCUCUUCUCUCUCUCCAUUUGUCCUACUUUACUACCUCUCUCUCUACUCUAUCUACAUUUUUCCUAUCAUUCUACCCAACACUCCUGUUCUUUUCACUUUCCCUCAAUGUCUUUUUUAAUACUACAUUAUAUGUUUAACAUGGCCUUGCAACCAAAAUAAAUGCAGCUGCAAAGCGUAAAUAUUGCUGUUGUCUAUGUAUCUGUUUUGAUAUGAUAAUACCUUUGUAUAAAUCUAUAAUUUUGAUGAAUGUUUUUUUCUCUACCGUCCUGCUUUUCUCUCAUGUGAUGUUUUCACCAACUUUUCACUUCAUCAUCAUCAAAACAAUGCCCUCUGCAAUAUUUCCACUGGGGGCAGGGGGUGCAGAUACAGAGGGGG